UCGUCUUUGUUCUUAUUUUCAUCUAAAUCCUGAAAAAAAAAUCAAUUCCCCUGUUACAUUUCUUGAACAAAAUGGGUUCAUUGAAAUCUGGGGUUCUGUUAAAGCUCGUUGAAGAUAUGAAAUCAGAAGGAUUAGAUUCUGAAGAAGUUCGAAAACCCGUUUCGUUGCAGAUCAGAAGUAUAAUCCCUGUUUUGGAAGGUGAUAAUCUCUGGCCAAAUCGUGGGUUUUAUUUGAAAGUUUCUGAUUUAUCAAACGCAAUGUAUGUUUCAUUGCCUCAAGAACAAGAUGAGAUGAUCUUGAACAAUAAUCUUCAACUGGGUCAGUUUAUUUAUGUUCAAAAACUUGAGGCAGCUUAUCCUGUUCCUAUCUUAAAUGGUGUAAUGCCUGUUCCUGGUCGGAGACCUUGUGAAGGUUCGCCGGAGGAUAUUACUCCGAUGACUAAUUUGGUUAAGUUUCUUGAGAAUUCUGAAUUAGAGAAAGGGGGUUAUGAAAAGAAGAGUUUGAUUCGUGGGUUUUCUGAAUCUGAGUCGUGUUUGAUUGGGAAGAUUGAUGAUAAAAGUAGGGAAGAAGAUCAAAAGAGUGGAAACUUUGAACAUGACAGUUCUGAUUCAGAUAGUCCCAAAUCUUUUGUUUCUUUUUCUUCUAGGAAUUCAAAGAGAAGAAGUUGGAUUGAUUCUGAAGUAAUGGAAGUUAAAGAGAUCUUAGAAUCAUCAAUAUCUAGUAACAAGUCAAUUCGAUCAAAAACUCGAAGUAGAAGUGCUGGUGUUUCUCCUUCGAGGUCAUCGAGAUACGACAGUUCGGAUGAUAAUUCGAGCAUUUGUUCGAGGAAAAGAACAGUGAUUUCGUCUGCGAAAUUGGCUAAGCUUUCAACCCCAAAGGGUGGAAAGAUCCCUUUGCCGAAAACUAACCAUGUUGAUGAGAUUUCUAAUCUUGGUUCAUUAUCUACAUUAGUUAACAAUAAGAAGUGUAUGGAUAGUAUGGUUUCAUGGGAAUGUCUUCCUAUACCCUUGUCAAAUCUUGGAAAGGAUCUGUUUAAACAAAGAGAUGCAGCUUUGGCUUCUGCUGUUGAGUCCUUGCAAGAAGCUUGUGCUGCUGAGAGAGUGAUCAAAUGCUUAUGGUAAAGAAUAUCUUUAGCUU